GCAACAAAUAUGGUUUUUGUAAAUUUAAUGUUGUGUUUAAGCAAAUAGAUUUCUUGCUAUGUCUUUUUAACAGGCACUGAAAGUUUAUUCUCCAUCAUUUGAGAGCUAUGGAAGGAUGUGGCCACACAUACAUUCGCGUGUGCUUGCUGCUUUGCUUCUAUUCCAAGUUACCAUGCUUGGCUACUUUGGUGCUAAGAAGUUUUACUAUGCUCCACUCGCAGUUCCACUUGUUAUAGUUUCCUUGAUCUUCGCCUUCGUCUGUAGAAAGAAAUUCUAUCCAGCCUUUCGUCAUACAGCUCUUGAGGUUGUUUGCCUUGAACUGAAGGAUACUCCUGACAUGGAACAUAUAUUCAAAUCCUACAUCCCAUCAUGUUUGUGCGCCGAGAAUUUUGAGGAUGACAAGCUAGAAGUUGCUUUAUCUGAAGUUUGAAGAUUAGUAUCAGUUGUUUGAUGUACAUAGUGUGUAUUAUUUCCACUUGAACAUUUUCAUGUUUGUUUGGAUUGAAGCUAUAACAUUUGAAGAAUGGUACUCUGUAUAUAAUAUGCUGUUGGAACCUUGCAUUUUGCUCGUUAAUUAUUUUUUAUCUGUAACAUAUAAUAUAUCUUGUACUCGGGA